GUGUUAGUUUUACGCAAAGAAAAAUGGGAUGAGAAUGGCUAGUAAAGAUGUGAGAAUUACUGAGAGUUUGCGCGUAAAAAUUGGAGAAGCCAAGAACCUUCCAGGAGGCAAUGGAACAGCAAAGAACACAUUUUGUACACUGUCACUAGACAGAGAGGAAAUAUACAGAACUAAUGUGGUAGAGAAAUGCUCAAAUCCUUUCUAUGGUGAAGAAUUUCAUGGUGAAAUACCACGGCAAUUCAGAUAUUUGUCUUGUUAUGUGUAUGAGAAACCUGAUAAGGUAAUUGGAAAAGUGUCAUUAAGAAAGAAAGACUUACACAAGUACCAUGGAAAAGAACACUGGUUCCCAAUUCUACCUCUUGAAGCUAAUUCUGAAGUACAGGGUAAAGUACAUCUUGAACUGAGAUUUGAUGAGUGUUUGACAGGUGACCCUGAUCACAGUGUCUCACAUAGACUAGCUGUAAGAGUUGUGGAGUGCAAUGAUUUGCCUGUAACCAAUGGAGCGUGUAACCCAUAUGCUGUUGUAACAUUAUGUUAUGGUAAAAUUCGGUAUCGGGAGGAGGUGAAGAGAACAAAUGUGAAGAAGAAAACAAUUUGUCCACAGUUUGAGGAAACUUUCUUUUUUGAUAUGGAGAACAAAGGGCAGAACCAUGAUCGGCACAACUACUACAUCGAGGAUGUAUUCAGUGGUGACUUACGGGUUUCAUUAUGGCACGAUGACUCCAGAGUGUCCCGGGAAGUUCUGGGUGGAAUGUUUCCAGGAGUAUAUCUAGGGGAAGUCAAAAUUCCACUGCGAGACCUGGAUACAGCCACUGCUCAAAAUUCAUGGUAUUUUCUGCGGCCAAAUCUAGAUUUCAAGCCAGCCUCGGAGGACUCUGGUUCGAUCCGUUUGAAAGUUUCAUACAACACGGAACAUGUAUUCUCCUCACAGUAUUACGAUGAUUUAAGAAAUCUUUUACUACAAUCCACAGAUAUACAGCCAAUCAGUUCGAGUGCAGCAUUUAUCCUCGGGCGAGUUGUUGACCACCUUCAUGAGGCCGCUCAACCUUUAGUGAGAGUAUUCCUACAUCAUGGAAAAACAGUCCCAUUUAUGGAAGCUUUAGCCAGUUAUGAGAUUAAACACACAUUAGAUCAUCACACAUUGUUUCGAGGGAACACCAUACUGACCAAGAUGCUAGACGAACUCAUGAAACUUGUUGGUCUACCAUACCUUCAUCAUAUACUCAAACCUACCAUUCAACAGAUCUGUACAGAACAUUUACCAUGUGAGAUUGACCCAACCAAGUUACAGGAUAGCGAGAACAUAAACGGUAACCUUGACAACCUGUGUCAGUAUAUUGAACAAAUAUUUGUGGCUAUCACCAGCUCAGGACUUGUUUGUCCCACCGUCAUGUCCCAGGUGUUCUACGCUCUCAAGCAGGCUGCCUGUCUCCAGUUUCCUGAAAACAGCGAAGUAAAGUAUCAGGUUGUCAGUGGUUUUGUGUUUUUGAGAUUUUUUGCACCAGCGAUACUGGGACCAAGAUUUUUUGAUCUGACUGAGGAUACUGUGGAUUCCACAACAAACAGGACCCUAACACUGAUAUCAAAAGCCAUUCAAGGGCUUGGCAACCUGGUUUGCUCCAAAUCUUGGUCAUUCUGUUUGAAAGAGGAUUAUAUGGUACCAUUGUUCAAACAACUAUCAGAUGAGGCCCACAUUGAUUCUUUGAAAAUGUAUCUGGACAUCAUAUCUUCAUCAACCAAAGCACAUUCCAACCAUCCUGGUAUACAAGAGGUUCCUGUUGUUCUCAAACAAGGAAUGCUGAUCAAAAGAGCACAGGGUCGCAAAAAGUUUGGUGUGAAAAACUUUAAGCAGCGGUAUUUCUGUCUGACCAAUAAAAGUCUGACAUACUCCAAGUAUAAAGGAGGUAUACCAUUAUGUGAGAUCCCUGUAGAAGAUGUAUUGGCAGUUGAAAAGCUUGAGGAACAGUCCUUUAAGAUGAAAUAUAUGUUUCAAGUUGUUCAACCUACCAGAGCCCUGUAUGUACAAGCAAGCAAUUGUAUAGAAGAAAAAGAAUGGCUAGAUGUGUUGAUGAAAGUGAGUGCUGCCAACAAGAACAGACUAAAUCUCUAUCAUCCUGCUGCUUACAUCAAUGGCCAUUGGCUCUGUUGUAAAGAACAAGAUCAGACAACUCCAGGUUGUUCGAAAGUGUCAGGUUACCUCCCUUUAGCUAAUGUACAAGUGGAUAUAGACAGUGACAGAGAGAUUGAGAAAAUACAUGCGUUACUACUUAACAACAUGGAUAAACUUGAAGCAAUGCAAGUAAGCUUGAAGGAAUAUGAUGCUUGUGGAGCCCUAGAAGUGUACUCUGGGAACCAGUUCAGUGUUGCCAUGGAGAUAGAAGACUCCAAGUCAUGUUUUGAGAUGUUGAAUGAGAUGCUGAAAUGUGUGAUAGGCCUCGAACAAGAACACAUGCAGUAUCAGAAAACUGUUCAAAAACAACAUGUGAAAGGAUCUUUUGAGAGUCCAAUUGGAGAUGACAGUCUGCUCUCAGCUGCUCCAGAAACAGGAACAAAAUUGUGAACAUUACGAAACUGAGCAGUACUUACUGAAUGAAAGAAAAAAACUGAUCUGGAUAACUAACCAGGCUAAAUAAAUUUCAUCCAUUGUCAGUUUGAUAGUGUGUGAAUCAAGUGUUUUCUCUUUGAAUGCAGAAGCAAAGUUGUACAUUCAACAUUUGUACCCUUACAAAAUCAGCAACUGUAAAAUACUGAAAAUCAAGCACAUCCAAGAAGUUAAUCAAGUGCAUGUAGAGGCCUUUCCAAGUGGAUGUAAAUCCUGAUAUCAACAGAAGUGGACAGUUGGAAGAGACAGAACUUGUUCACUUAUGAUGUUUACUUAAUGUUAGCCAGCAGUAUUGGUGCCAUCUUACGUUUUUGAGACUUACAUCGAAUGUAUGGUAUAUUUCUAACUUGUUAAAAUAUAAUGAAAUCCAUUCAUCUUUAUUCACACAUUCCAGUUUGCAUGUUUGACAAUCAUAUCUAAGUGAUGUUCUGUUCACGAUAGUUUUGCAAAUUUGUUUAACUUAUUAUAACAUCUCUAGUGUUACAUGAUAAAACAGCAAUGUUACUAUCUCUUUGAAUAUUACAUAUAAUUACAAAAAUAUAUGUGCAUGAAAUAAUUAUGUCUCCCACCACACAGUGGUGUGGGAGACAUAUUAAUUUACUCCAGUCUGUGUGUAUGUCAGUCUGUCUGUGUGUGUGUGUGUCUGUCACAAAGUUUGUCCGCACUCUUAAGUCAAAGAUUUCUCGUCCGAUUUUCACCAAACUUGAACAAAAUGUGUUUGACCAUAAGACCUCGGCCAAGUUCGAUAACUAGCCAAAUCGGUUUAGGCAUAUUGGAGUUAUGGCCCUUGAAUUACCAAAUAUCUGACUUUUUACCCUUGUCCGCACUCUAAAGUCGAACAUUUCUCAUCCGAUUUUCACCAAACUUAAACAAAAUGAGUUUGACCCUGAGACCUCGGCCAAGUUCGAUAACUAGCCAAAUUGGUCCAGGCAUUUUGGAGUUACAGCCAUUGAAUUACUGAAAAAUUGGCCUUUUGACUCUUGUCCGCACUCGAAGUCGAACAUUUCUCAUCCAAUCUUCACCAAACUUGAAUAAAACGUGUUUGACCAUAAGACCUAGGUUAAGUUUGAUAACUAGCCAAAUUGGUCCAGGCAUUUUGGAGUUAUGGCCCUUGAAUUACAGAAAAAUCAGCCUUUUUACUCUUGUCCGCACUCUGUUGAAUAUUUCUCAUCCGAUCUUCACCAAACUUGAACAAAAUGUGUUUGACCAUAAGACCUCAGACAAGUACGAUAAUUAGCCGAAACCGUUCAGGCAUUUUGGAGUUCUGGCCCUUGAAUUGUAGUGAGUAAACAGUAUAUAAAGACUGACUUGCUAUUUAGAUGAUUAGGCAGUUGUGGGAGACAUUCGCUUUUCUCAAAAGCAGCUCUAGUUCCAUACGAUGUUAAAAAACAGUCUCAAAUUUGGGAGUGUAUUUAAUCAUAAGCAUAUAACUCAAAAUUAAGCAGUUGGACUUACCUUUUGAUAGAAAAUAGGUACAUUUAUAAAAUCUACAGAUCUGUAGAUGUUUACAGUAGAUAAGAAUAUCUUUCAAAAUUGCAGUUUUCUCAUGGAUACUCCUGAAAACUUGCAGAAGGCCUAUUUCUCUCAAAUUCAACAUGAAAAAACUAAAACAUUACCAAUAUUUUUAUGCCCCCGAAGGGAGGCAUAUAGUUUUUGAACCGUCUGUCGGUCUGUCAGUCUGUCUGUCGGUCUGUCAGUCUGUCCGCAAUUUUCGUGUCCGGUCCAUAUCUUUGUCAUCGAUGGAUGGAUUUUCAAAUAACUUGGCAUGAAUGUGUACCACAGUAAGACGAUGUGUCGCGUGCAAGACCCAGGUCCGUAGCUCAAAGGUCAAGGUCACACUUAGACAUUAAAGGAUAGUGCAUUGAUGGGCGUGUCCGGUCCAUAUCUUUGUCAUCGAUGGAUGGAUUUUCAAAUAACUUGGCAUGAAUGUGUACCACAGUAAGACGACGUGUCGCGCGAAAGACCCAGGUCCGUAGCUCAAAGGUCAAGGUCACACUUAGACGUUACAGGAUAGUGCAUUGAUGGGCGUGUCCGGUCCAUAUCUUUGUCAUCGAUGGAUGGAUUUUCAAAUAACUUGGCGUGAAUGUGUACUACAGUAAGACGACGUGUCGCGCGAAAGACCCAGGUCCGUAGCUCAAAGGUCAAGGUCACGCUUAGACGUUAAAGGAUAGAGCAUUGAUGGGUGUGUCCGGUCCAUAUCUUUGUCAUCGAUGGAUGGAUUUUCAAAUAACUUGGCAUGAAUGUGUACCACAGUAAGACGACGUGUCGCGCGCAAGACCCAGGUCCGUAGCUCAAAGGUCAAGGUCACACUUAGACUUUAAAAGAUAGUGCAUUGAUGGGCGUGUUCGGUCCAUAUCUUUGUCAUCGAUGGAUGGAUUUUCAAAUAACUUGGCAUGAAUGUGUACCACCGUAAGACGACGUGUCGCACACAAGACCCAGGUCCGUAGCUCAAAGGUCAAGGUCACACUUAGACUUUAAGGUCAUUUUUCAUGAUAGUGCAUUGAUAGGCGUGUCCGGUCCAUAUCUUUGUCAUUCAUACAUGGAUUUUAAAAUACCUACGCAUUAAUGUGUGACACAGUAAAACGAUGUGUCGCGCGCAAGACCCAGUUCCGUAGGUCAAAGGUCCUAAACUCUAACAUCGGCCAUAACUAUAUAUUCAUUCAAAGUGCCAUCGGGGGCAUGUGUCAUCCUAUGGAGACAGCUCUUGUUUUUUUUGUUUUUUUUUUAGGAAAA